AUGUUGGCUGCUGGUUCUGUUCAAGGAUCUGCACUAUGGUGGACACGUGAUCAUAGAGCACAUCAUCGAUAUACGGAUACCGAUCUCGAUCCAUACGGCGCUCACAAAGGUCUUUUUCAUUCCCAUAUCGGAUGGUUAUUGAUGAAACCACGUCGAAAACCUGGUUUCGUGGACAUGUCUGAUCUGAAUCAUGACACUAGUGUUCAAUGGCAGUAUAGAAACCUUCUCAUUUUGAAUGUGAUCAUGGGUUUCGUGUUGCCAUGUCUUGUGUGUGGACUUGGAUGGGGUGACUAUCGUGGUGGCUACUUUUAUGCUGCUGUACUUCGUCUAGUGAUUCUUCAUCAUGCAACAUUCUGUGUCAAUUCACUAGCACACUAUUUAGGUGAUACACCUUACGACGACAAGCACACUCCUCGAGAUCAUUUUAUUACGGCUUUUGUUACGCUCGGCGAAGGUUAUCAUAAUUUUCAUCAUGAGUUUCCAUGCGACUAUCGUAAUGGACGUGAAUGGUUCCACUUACAAUCUGAAGAAGUUUUCCGAGAAUGA